AUGCAAGACUUACCACCUAUUGGAGGAUAUGAACCAAUUCAAUGGAAAAGAAAUCUUCCUUCUAGAGGGUUCAGAGGAUCAGUAUACUUUUGGGGUAUUGCUGGUUUGAUGACUUUUGGAUUUUAUAGAUAUUAUCAAGGUGUAAAUGAACAAAGAGAAUUUACUAGAGAAAGAAACUGGGCUAGAUUUCAUUUGGAACCAUUGUUGAUUGCUGAAGAAGAUAGAAACAUUGCUAGAAGAUAUUUUGCUGAAUUAGAACGUCGAGAAUUGGUUAAACAAAAUAUGAGUCCUGAAGAUAAAGAAAGAUUUGAAGAAGACUUGUAUAAUGACAAAUCUAAAUUCCGUUUCCCAAGAUUCACUGCUGGACUUCCACCAAAGGAUAUUUAG